CGUGGAGUCUGCUGACAUCUUGUGGAUAAUAGUAGGUAUUACAAGCUCAACCGUGUUCGAAUAACCUACUCUGUCACUACAGGGUUUAGUAGAUUUUAUUUCGGUCAUUCUGAGUUUGAGGCUUUACGAGAAUACAUAAAUAGAAAACAUAUACUAACUUUCUAUUCCGAACCUUUGUAGUCAUGUCUAAAUUGAUUCCAUGUUACUUACAGAGAGCGUCUCAUUUUUGUCUUCUGUCAUUGAUGUAAGUCUUGACGCGCUUACGUCAGGUGUGCGCCACAUCUUCAGGGCUCAAAGGAGACGGAAGUUCAGCACAGGAGCACCGACGUUAGCUCGUUUCUUCGGGCUGUGUGUGAGAGCUCUGUUAUCCUUUCCUGGAAAUUGGGGCUUCAUCAUCAUGUCUCCACAUCCUGUAAUACAGGCACUCAUUGACUUUUCAGCAGGAGCAGCAGGUGGUACAGCCUGCGUGCUAAGUGGUCAGCCAUUUGACACCAUCAAGGUGAAGAUGCAGACGUUUCCCAGCAUGUACCGUGGCUUCAUCCACUGCUUCAUUUCAACUUUCAAACAGGUGGGACUUGGUGGUCUCUACAAGGGCGCCACACCAGCCCUCCUGGCCAACAUCAGUGAGAAUGCGGUUCUGUUCUUGAGUUAUGGCCUCUGCCAGGACGCUGUCCGUCUUUUGUUAAGGAUGGACAAAGGAGCAGAGCUCAGUGAUGUCCACAAAGCUUCUGCAGGGUCUUUAGCUUCCAUCUUCUCCUCCAUGGCCAUUUGCCCCACAGAGCUGGUGAAAUGUCGCCUACAGGCUAUGCAUGAAAUGGAGGAGACCGGAAAGGUUGCGAAAGGACAGCGAAGCACCGUCUGGUCUGUGGUUAAGACUGUGCUGAGGACAAAUGGUCCUUUGGGUUUCUACCAGGGACUCACCUCAACCAUUGUCAGGGAGAUACCUGGUUACUUCUGCUUCUUUGGUGCCUACGAAGUAUGUCGGACUACAUUUGCACACCAUAUGGGGACAGACAAAGACAGUAUAGGCAUUCUUCCACUUAUGUUCAGCGGUGGAUUUGGAGGGGCUUGUCUUUGGCUAGUGGUCUAUCCAAUAGACUGUGUGAAGUCUAGGAUCCAAGUCUACUCUUUAGCAGGGAGGCAAGAGGGUUUCAUGAAGACCUUCAUGGGUAUUAUACGCACUGAGGGUUUCACUGCUCUGUACUCUGGUUUGACUCCUACCAUGAUCCGGACCUUCCCUGCCAACGGAGCGCUCUUCCUAGCUUAUGAGUUCAGCCGUAAAUUUAUGAUGGACACAGUGGGUUCGAUGAAAAAGACAUUAGCGAGAAAAGUGCUGCUGCAGCUCCAAGCGCCAGACUCUUCUCCAAUGAUCUCAACAACAUCCAGCACAGUGGAGAUGGUUACUCCACGCAAACUUCAGAUCAGUGAAGAAAAUGUUGAAGAUAAAAAUGCGGGGAGGUUGGGAUGUUUUGGUUGGCUGCUGGUAAUUAUAUCCCUCCUAUUUAUAGCGCUAACCUUCCCAAUCACAUUGUUUCUGUGUGUCAAGAUAGUAAAGGAGUAUGAGCGAGCGGUCAUUUUCAGACUUGGGCGAAUCGCUGAUCGGAAACCUAAAGGACCAGGCCUAUUUUUUGUUUUGCCCUGCACUGAUAACUUUGUGAAAGUUGAUCUAAGGACUGUGUCUUUUGAUAUUCCUCCACAAGAGAUCCUGACCAAAGACUCGGUCACCGUGUCCGUGGAUGGAGUUGUCUACUUCCGCAUUCACUGUCCCAUCUCAGCUGUGGCCAACGUGUCCAACGCACACUCAUCCACACGGCUGCUUGCUCAAACCACUCUGAGGAAUGUUCUUGGCACCAAAAACCUUGCAGAACUUCUGUCUGACAGAGAAGGAAUUUCAGUGAGCAUGCAGGAGGCCCUGGAUGAAGCCACCGACCCAUGGGGGAUCAAGGUGGAGCGCGUGGAGAUCAAGGAUGUGAAGCUGCCUCAGCAGCUGCAGAGAGCCAUGGCGGCAGAGGCGGAGGCCAGUCGGGAGGCCAGGGCUAAAAUCAUUGCUGCAGAAGGUGAGAUGAACGCUUCCCGGGCUCUGAAAGAAGCAGCUCUAGUCAUCGGUGAAGCCCCGUCUGCUCUCCAGCUGCGAUACCUGCAGACUCUCAAUGCCAUCGCCGCGGAGAAGAACUCCACCAUCAUCUUCCCUCUGCCCAUAGACAUGAUGCAGGGUUUCAUGCAGAAAAAGUGAUGAACCCUGUAGUCUGCGCAAUUAUUUUCAUCCCAAAGUAAGUUUGCAUGUUUCGAAUAGGGAGGAAAAAGAGCUACUUGCUAACGCAAAUACAAACCAAACACUGUUUUUGUGUACUUAUUAUGCUUAUUGUGAUUUAAUAAUUAAAUACAAAGUGCAACAUACACAGCCAUAGCCUCUCGUUAUUAACCUCAGCUAAGUUACAGUUUCAGUAGAGGAGGGCGAAUGAAGUAGGCAAGAAACAAAGACAAUUCACAGCAAACUUAUAACGACAUGCUUUCAUGGAGACUUCUCUGGAGUAUCUGAUUACAAUCAUUUUUAACAACAAUCCACAGAAGUAACGACAUCCAUGUGAUGCAGCGACCUCUCUCUGAUAUUGCAUGUAAACUGUAAACAAAAGCUUUUACUCUUAUUCAUUCAGUAAAUGUGUACAAGACGGUGUCCACAGGACACAGAGGCAAUCAGUGCAAUUGGAGUACCUGAUGUAGAGAAAGGCAACUUCCACUGUCGGAACACAGCAAAUCCUCUUCCCAAUAAACGUAACUAUUUUAUCUACUGUUAAACGCAGCUACAGCCAAAUACCUGCUUUAAACAGGUUUACACACUUUACGAUAGAUGAAAUGUAUAAAUUAAAUACUGUGAUGCUUAAAGCUGCAGUAGGGAGCUUUUAUGUUAUUUUUUUUUACAUACUUGUUAAAACUGUCACAUGACAGUAUAACAUGAGACUGAUAAUCCGGGAAACAAUUGAGCUCCUCCGUUUUCUCCCUGUGGUCCUGCAGCCAUCUGCAGUAAUACACCGCUUCCAGUCAGAAACAACCAAUCAGAGCCAAGACGAGGGUCUUAAUUCUGUCAAUCAUGCUUAUGUAUGCACUGCUCAAUGGGAAACAACUUACUGUUGCAGAAAGAACAUUCAUUUGUUGUCAUCAGUGGCCAUGCUAACCAGCCUUAGCUUUCAUGGCAGGCUCCAGUGUGAUAAACUGGCUGAGAGCAAGGGGAGCGCGUGAGCCGCAUAUACACAAGGGUGAUUGACAGUGGUAAGACCCUCCUCCUGGUUCUGAUUGGUUGUUUCUGACUCAGUGGUGUAUUUCUGCAGAUGGCAGUAGGACAGCAGGGAGAAGGCAAAGAAGCUCAAUUUUUCACAGAUUGCCUGUCAUGUUUUACUGUAAUGACAGUUUUAAUAUACAUGUAAAAAAAAAAAAAACAACAUAUUGUUUCUAAAUGUUAAACACUGCAACUUUAAGUAAUGAGUUUUUUCUUAGACCUUUUUGUAAUAUUUCUACCUACUGCUAACAUCUAAAUGCCUGUGUAAGAGAAAUAUUUAGCAAGACAGAUUUCUGAUGGCUGGUUGCCGUAUGUAAACAUGAACAAAUAAAAUAAAUGAAAUUUAAAUAAAAUAAAAACCAUGGCAGUUGCUUCCCUUUGAUGACUUAUACAUUUUCUCAAAUCCUGAGCUUAAUCCAAACAAUGAAAAAUGAGGUAAGAUUGCAUCAGAUGUUCAUUUCUUGCUUCUAAGUGACUCAGGAAAUGUUGCAAAACCGGAACACAAGCUGCAGAUAUGAUGGAAAGACUUCAUAAUUAGUUUAACUGUUCGAACUGUACAUACGGAAAUAUGAAGAACAUGGAACAGAGCGCAGAAAAGAUAAAGCAAAAACUGUUGCUGCUGCAAAAGGAUUCAUACCUCUUAAACUUUUCAACAAUUUAUCACGUUGCAACCACAAACUUAAAUGUUUGUUAUUAGGACUGUAUAUGAUAAACCAAAUUAAAGUAGUGCAUAAUUGUAAAAUAAAAGGAAAUUGGUAGUUCACAAAUAAUAAUAACAAAAAAGACUUCUGAAGUUAAUAUGUGAUUUAAUCCCAUCUAAAUACAGGUAAUUGGGUAUUAAAGUUAAAUUUUCUUGAGAUCUCAAGAAGUUUUAUCGUGGUCAAAUAAAGGUUGAAUAAAGAAAAAAACACCAUUUCCACUGUGGGAAUACAGUGGUAGCAGCAUCAAGCUUAUCAGAGUUGAUGUGAAAAUGAAUGGAGCUAAAUUAAGGGCGAUCCUGCUGGAAUGUGAACAGGUUCCAACAGGACAGUAACCUUAAACACAUCCCCAGAUUUACGUUGCAAUGGUUUAGAUGAAGGAAUAUCAUAUGCUUUUUGGCAAACUUUUCAGCUUUCAGCUCAUGAAAUCCAAAUAAAAACAUUCAAGCUUGUGUUUGAAACAUCCCAAAAUGUUAAAAAAAAAAAAAAAAAAAAAACCCUCAAGGGGCUUCUUGUGAAGUAUGAGUGUUCUUCAUUGAGUUCCAAGCAUGUAACUGAUGCAGUGUGUUAUAGUUCAAGAACUUCAUCUUUGGUGGUUUUAUUUUGUGUGAGUUGACUACCUUUUCUUUAAUUCAGCUGAGAGUGAAGGUUUCUUCUUCUCCAAAAUAUCUUGAAGUGCUUCUUUCUAAUUCUUCUCAUCAUACAUACAUACAUGAAAUAAUCUGAAAAUCUGUUCUAAUCGGAAGACAACCCAUGCUGUAAAGAUAGUCAUACAUCUACAGAGUCUACACAAGUAAUAACUCAUAAUAUACUUACACUGUAUUGGCAGUAAAGUGGAGUUAUGAAUGGUUUGAGGUUAGAUGGCUUGGUAUAAAUCAUACACUCAUGAUGAAUGAAAUGUUUCUACAUGAAAAUGUUGAGAUCUGAGGUUGGAUUUUUCUGAUAAUACUGCCAAGCCCCCAGGUGGACCUUGCUGGUGGGAGGGAAUGGAUGACAGAAGGCGCUUCAUGUUUUUUGAGUUUACUAUGUCUUAUUUAUCCAUCAUCCUGAGAGCUGAAGGAGAAGAGGGAAAUGUAGAUGGAGGCGAAAACAUGUAAAUGAGGCACUGCGAUGCUCUCUGAACUUUCACCUGCUGGAGAAACAUGCUAAGGUUUUACUCUUUGUGGAAUCAUCUGUACAAUUCAUGAGGUCAAAGAAAA